AACAGAGGAGGACAUGCUGGCUUGGAGGCCGCUCCACGUCCUGAGUCCACUCAGCUGGUGCACAGCCUCGGUCGGCAGGACGGGCUGACUGGGCGGUCACGUCUCUUCCCGCAGGGCUUCCUGAAGCCACCGGGAAGAGUCCCCAACCAACCCCGGGAUUCUCCCUUGGUGCAGUUGUCCAGGACCUCAGAGAAUCAAAGCAGAUCGUGUGGAGGAAGCUGUUUUGGAGGGAAGAACAUUGACCUGGGAAGAACAUUGGCCUGGCUAAUCAUCUUCUGCUAACACAUUAGAAUUGUUUUUAUUUUCUGAGGCUGCGGGGGGCUAGGUGGGGAAACCAGCCCGUGACCCAGCUGGGUUAGUUUCACCAGCCCGGACUUGCUUGUGCUUCUGAGUAAGGUGCAGCUCUUCUGGGAGCCCUUGGGUCCUAAUCCGCAAAAUGGGAAGACAUGAAUUAUCUUAGUGGUUUCCAACCAGUUUUAAGCUGUGGAAUCCUUUUUAUCCAAGUAAUAUCUUCUGCAAAAGCCCAAGACAAAGAAACACAAAACUUGGGCUAAACGUCAGCCUGCCCACACUUCACCUUCACGCAGGUGGCCGUGAAGCGUCUUUGGAAGAUGUUUUAGCAAAGGCCAGAGCUCUCUGAAGACUGAUCCAUGUUGUGAGACUGUUGUGCUGCAAUGGGGGAGCUAUGCUAGGUUCUGACCGGAUCACCGAAUGAUGCUGGUGUUACAUGAAGACUGCUCCAUCCGUGGUGGACAGUAGGAUUUGGAAAGAGGAGGCAAGCUGGUGAAGGGGCAGUUUCUUAAUGGAUGUGGGCAAGGAGAAGGGGAAGUCGCUGGCCUCAAUCAGCCGGUCUGCUGCCUUCAGGCACCAGUGAGGCAUGGGCUCUGGCUGGCAAUACGAACGGAAGAUCCAAGAGAAGUUCCAGAAUACAAUUUCAGGAAAAGAGAUGCCCUGUAUCCAAGCCCAGUAUGGGACACCAGCACCAAGCCCAGGACCCCGUGACCACCUGACAAGCGACCCCCUGACCCCCGAGCUCAGCAAGCCCACCAUGGACCUGGCCAGCCCUGAGGCGGCCCCCGCUGUCCCCACUGCCUUGCCCAGCUUCAGCACCUUCAUGGACGGCUACACAGGGGAGUUUGACACCUUUCUCUACCAGCUGCCGGGAACAGCCCAGCCGUGCUCCUCGGCCUCCUCCUCGGCCUCCUCCACAUCCUCAUCAUCAGCCACCUCCCCUGCCUCUGCUUCAUUCAAGUUUGAAGACUUCCAGGUGUACGGCUGCUACCCCGGCACCCUGAGCGGCCCUCUCGAUGAGACCCUGUCCUCCAGCGGCUCUGACUACUAUGGCAGUCCCUGCUCAGCCCCAUCCCCGUCCACGCCCAGCUUCCAGCCGCCCCAGCUCUCUCCCUGGGACGGCUCCUUCGGCCCCUUCUCGCCCAGCCAGACUUACGAAGGCAUGCGGGCAUGGACAGAGCAGCUGCCCAAGGCUUCUGGGCCCCCCCAGCCGCCGACCUUCUUUUCCUUCAGCCCUCCCACCGGCCCCAGUCCCAGCCUGGCCCAAAGCCCCCUGAAGCUGUUCCCCUCGCAGGCUGCCCACCAGCUGGGGGAGGGAGAGAGCUAUUCCAUGCCAACAGCGUUCCCAGGCCUGGUACCUGCUUCUUCACACCUUGAUGGCUUGGGGAUGGUGGAUGCGCCCGUGACCUCAGCCAAGGCCCGGAGUGGGGCUCCGGGUGGAAGCGAGGGCCGCUGUGCUGUGUGUGGGGACAACGCCUCUUGCCAGCAUUAUGGUGUCCGCACCUGUGAGGGCUGCAAGGGCUUCUUCAAGCGCACAGUGCAGAAAAAUGCCAAGUACAUCUGCCUGGCUAACAAGGACUGCCCUGUGGACAAGAGACGGCGAAACCGCUGCCAGUUCUGUCGCUUCCAGAAGUGCCUGGCUGUGGGCAUGGUGAAGGAAGUUGUCCGGACAGACAGCCUGAAGGGGCGGCGGGGUCGGCUCCCUUCAAAGCCCAAGCAGCCCCCGGAUGCCUCCCCUGCGAAUCUCCUCACCUCCCUGGUCCGGGCACACCUGGACUCAGGGCCCAGCACUUCCAAACUGGACUACUCCAAGUUCCAGGAGCUGGUGCUGCCCCACUUCGGGAAGGAGGAUGCCGGGGACGUGCAGCAGUUCUACGACCUGCUCUCGGGUUCCCUGGAGGUUAUCCGCAAGUGGGCUGAGAAGAUCCCCGGCUUUGCCGAGCUGUCCCCCGGGGACCAGGACUUGCUGCUGGAGUCGGCCUUCCUGGAGCUCUUCAUCCUCCGCCUGGCCUACCGGUCUAAGCCGGCUGAGGGGAAGCUCAUCUUCUGCUCGGGCCUGGUGCUGCACCGGCUGCAGUGUGCCCGCGGCUUCGGGGACUGGAUCGACAGCAUCCUGGCCUUCUCUCGCUCCCUGCACAGCCUGGUCGUCGAUGUCCCUGCCUUUGCCUGCCUCUCUGCGCUCGUCCUCAUCACAGACCGGCACGGGCUGCAGGAGCCUUGCAGGGUAGAGGAGCUGCAGAACCGCAUCGCCAGCUGCCUGAAAGAGCACGUCUCGGCCGAGGCGGGCGAGCCUCAGCCGGCCAGCUGCCUGUCACGCCUGCUGGGCAAGCUGCCUGAGCUGCGGACCCUGUGCACCCAGGGCCUGCAGCGCAUCUUCUACCUCAAGCUGGAGGACUUGGUGCCCCCUCCGCCCAUCGUCGAGAAGAUCUUUAUGGACACGCUGCCCUUCUGACCCCAGCCCGGGAACACGUGUGCGCUCUGUGUGCACGCUCAUACGCCACCCCACGUGCCUUUAGGCCACGGCCCACGGACCCCUGGAGCACCACCCCUCAGCUUGGGCCUGAGCUGCAGACUGGCCGCCCCUCCCCGCCACCUGCUCUGGGAGGUCGGCAGGGAGUUCAUGCCCUGGGGGAGGGGGGGAUGCAUUCACAGGGGUGACCCUUACUAUUUGUCUUACCCCCCAGCCCAGCCCUGGUCUUCAUGUUUUUGUAAGAUAAAACCGUUUUUAACACACACACCGCCAUGCUGUAAAUAAGCCGAAUGCUGCUGUAAAUACAGGAAGGAAGAGGUUGAGGUGGGAGUGGGGUUUGGGAGGGAGGGACGGGCCCCCACCAGCCUCCUCCUACUUGCUCUCUCUUCCCGCCCUCCUUCCACGUGUACAUAGACUCACUCUAGGAGGAAGACAAGUGACAGAUUCUGACAUUUAUAUUUGUGUAUUUUCCUGGAUUUAUAGUAUGUGACUUUUCUGAUUAAUAUAUUUAAUAUAUUGAAUAAAAAAUAGACAUGUAGCUGAA